UGAAGUGGUGCGGAUAACUGGUGGAAAUGGGAGAGCCAGCCUCCUCCUCCUCCAGUCACCAGGACAAUAGCAAGGCUCCCCCAGGAAUCAAGGAGUGGGUACUCCCAAAGCAGCUGGAAGAUAUCAGACCAGCAAGGGACUGUCCCCAAUACCGACAUCGCUGGAACACCAAUGAAGAAAUUGCAUCCAUUUUGAUUGCCUUCUCCAAACAUAAGGAAUGGCUAAAGAUGGAAAUGAAGAUUCGGCCACCAAGUGGUUCUAUGUUGAUGUACAGCAGGAACCGCGUAAGGUACCGCAAAGAUGGCUACUGCUGGAAAAAGAGAAAAGAUGGCAAAAACAUUAGAGAGGACCACAUGAAGCUUAAAGUCCAGGGUCUUGAGUGUAUCUAUGGUUCUUAUGUCCACUCAGAUAUCCUACCAACAUUCCAUAGGCGAUGUUACUGGUUAUUACAGAACCCAGAUAUUGUCCUGGUUCAUUACCUGAACAUCCCAUACCAAGACAACACAAAGGUUAAGAUUCCUGUCGUACCCCAGUACACAUUGGAGAAAAAAGAGUGGACCAAAGAGGAACUUGUAGAUCAGCUGAGACCAAUGUUUUCCACUGGCCAACCAGGAGAAGAAUCAGAACAGAUGAUUGAUGAGACGGUGGAGGCUUUAGUUAAACAUUUGAUUGAAUACCAUGAGAAUGCUAACAAGUUUGUGAAAGAUAAAACCUCUUUGGCAACUGGUGAUAAAACCCCCAGGGAAACACCUGCUAACAUUAUUAAAGGUCUCCGCCCACAUCAGUACCAAAAAAAGCAAACUGGGAGUCCAAGUGGGGGGAGUUCUCAUGUUAUACACCAUAAACCUGAGGUGGCACAUGUUCCUUAUUUGUUGAAUGUUGGCGGGAACUUGCAUGUACCAGGAAGUAGUUAUUUGCUUGUAAAUGGACAUGGUGGAUCAGAAAGUGGACAUUCCACCCCAGGGCUUGUGAUGCCUGAGGGUGGGGGUUUACAAGUGACAAGGCCUGAUGGCAAUGCACUGGUUUCCUGUCCGGGUGCAUCAGGGGCCUCUGUUCAAACUGAGGCCCCUCACAUAGACUAUCAAAGUGUUCAGGGCUUACACAGUGCUUGUUCCCUUACAGAUAUAUGUGAUAACAAUAGUAAACUAGUCAGCUCAAUAGAGCAAUCUCUCUUAAACUCUAGUAAACGAGAAGACCUCACACCAAUGCAAUUAUCUUCAGAAAGCUGCUCUCCUAUGAUUGGGAGCAGUAACAUUAACAAACCUGAAAUGAACCUAGUCCCAUAUCUCAAAUCAGUAACUGCCGAGGAUGUUCAGCAUGUUAUCAGAUCUCAUUCUGAACAGAACAAGGAGAAAUCCAAAGGGGUUCCAAAUGAGCUAGAACAUGACCCACUGAGUGCUAGCUUUGGUUCCUCAGACUUUGACAAUCUUGAUCUUGAACUCCAUGACAUUGAGAAGUUAUGUAGUUUUCUAGAGACUCCAGAUGAUCCUUCAUCUCAGGGUAUGGUCGGAUCUAUUCCUGUAUCUGAAUGUGACAAUAAAAUCAACACAAGCUUAGGACAGAUGACAGACUUUAGGCCUUCUGGCAAAUCAGUGUCAAACUGUGUACAGUGUCAGGAGAAAUCCAAGCAAUUGUUAGUAGACCAGAAGAUAGGUCACAGAAAGACGAGUGGACGUGGUCUAGUGGACAUUUUGGACUACUCACCCGAGUUCAGUUACACAGAGGGUGGAUCUAAGUUGUUAUUAAUUGGUCCCUGGACAAAAGUUUCCUCCACUUACACUUGUGUGAUAGACAAUGAACCAGUACAAACAACACUCCUACAGCCAGGUGUUCUCAGGUGUUACACACCAGCUCAUGAUAAGGGUUGUGUUCCUGUGUACAUCAGCUGUGAUGGCAAGACUCUGUCUCGACCUGUUCCAUUCUUGUACAAAGAAAACCCAGAGCACAAGCCCUGCUCUCGAUUCUCCUGGUUCUCAGUUGCAGAAAAAGAUCUUAAGACCUUGUUGGUGGAGCGACUUGUGCAAUUAGAGAAGCGUUUGACACAGUCUCAUUACAGAAAUGGACCUGUUCCUUCCCUCCAACAGGCUAGUGAAGACUUAGUGGAGAGCUCCGAUUUAGAAGGAAAGCUACUCUGGUACAUCAAAAUGUUUUCUUCUGGGACCUGGAGUGACACAGAAAGCUUUCCACAGUGCAGUAAAUAUGGAAUGACCUUACUUCACCUAACAGCAGCAUUAGGGUUCUCCAGAGUGAUUCAGUCAUUAUUGCAGUGGAGGACAAGUAAUCCAUGCUGGUUCUUGGAUUAUGAAGUGGAUGCUAAUUGCUUGGAUGAAAAUUCUUGCACUGCUCUAAUGUGGGCUUGUGCCAAGGGCCACCAACAGGCAGCUAUUGUUUUGUACCAGUGGAAUUCCGACACACUUAAGGUGUCCACAAAGGAUGGCUUUACCGCUUUAAACUUUGCUCAAAUAUUUGGCCAUCACCAGAUAUAUGGUCUAUUACACAAAUACCAGACUGCCCUUAUAAGCCCUUCCCAAACUGCUGGCUCAGUUGACACUGCAUUCCCCUUAUGCCCUCAGGCCCAGUCCAACCACAAUCUCUUCAAGCAGCCCCACCUUAAUGGGAUGACCUCAUUACACAUUCAGAUACCAAAUCCACCCCAGCAACAAGGCUUUUUGAUCCGCCGACAGAGUGAACAAGAUCUGAGAGGGAAAGUUGCACGCAAGAAGCUUAGCAAAAGAGCUUCUGUGGAUCUACCAGCCAACUCUGAUGAGGGAAGAGCAACCAGAGCUGGUUCCUAUGAAUAUCCAAUCAGAGAAACAAAUUCUGAGCCCUAUUUACCCAUGGCAACAGAUCACCCAAUGACCAGGGGAGAUAAUCCAAUGCUGUCUGAUAACAAUAGAGAUAUUAUGUCCCCUGAUCUGAUGGUGAACUCAGAAAUUGACCAAUUAAAGCGGGUCAAUCUGGAUAACAUGGAUCCCAGUUCAGUAUCCAUUAUACAAACAACCUUAGGCUACACAAAAAUGGAUACAGAUGAAGUUGAGUCCAGCACCAGUGGAAGCCCUAUUAUAGAUGUGGAGAGAGUAUCAUCUGAUGAGGAAUCAUACUACCAACAAACUCGCUCCAAGUCACAGUCUAUAAGCUCAGACAACUGUGAGGAUGUCAAACUUCAGAUGAUGACAUUGGCCAAACAGAUCAUUGCUGCCAUGCCGGAGCGUAUUAAGCUCUCUCCUAGUCGUGGUGAUGAAGUGGCACCAGAGCGAGAACGAUGUAGUUCCUACAGCUCUCUGCAGUCUCAAUCAUCACCCAAUACAUCGUCUUAUGAGGAAGACUCCGGAAUCUCAACCCCAAUGGGAGACACUUUCUCUUUUGAUGAUUACAGGUACCCUGACCUGGGGACACCUGCCUCCUCCCUCAGUCCAGACUCCACCUGUAUGCCCAGCCCCUACAGUCCCUACAGCUUCACCCUGGAUUCCCCACCACCCACCACAGAAGAUUUCACAGAGUACUUUAAUGCCCCUACCACUUUUAUGGAGAAAGACUUCUCACAGCUCACACUUUCAGACAAAGAGCAGAGGAAGCUGUAUGAGGCAGCAAAGGUGAUUCAGAAGACGUACAGACAGUACAGAGACAAGCAACAACUACAACAGCAACAACAAAAGGAGAUUGAGGCUGCCGUACUGAUACAGAAGUAUUACAGGAGAUAUAAACAGUAUGCCUAUUACAAAAAGAUGAGUCAGGCUGCUGUUCUGAUUCAGAGUCAGUUCAGGAGUUAUUAUGCCCAGAAGAGGUUCAAGAAAUCCCGAGAUGCAGCAGUGGUUAUACAGAACCAGUAUAGAACAUAUAAAGAACAUGAGCGUCUUAAGAAGGGUGGCAACAAGUCUGUGAUAAUCCAACAACGAUACAGGAGCCACUAUCGAAGGAAAAAUGUGAAGGGACAAAGUGCAGAGGAUCAUGUGAUUCCAGUGGUGCCGGACUCCGCAGAGAGCUCUCCUCCAGACCAAAACAACACAAUAUCCGACACAACAAAACAGCCAGACGAUAAAACGCCACCUGAUGGAGGGGACGAGCAGCAAGAGAACAGCAAUCAAACAAGGGACAGAUAACUCAUGGUGACCAAGGAAUCUCCUAUCAUUACAUUCAUAAUUGUUCCAUUUUCAUUGCCCUUCUUUACUAGACUUUCGGAUAUUUUUUUUUGUCUGUAAGAAAUCAUUCUUCCAGAUACAAAAAAGUUGUAUCUAAAUACUACUUUGAUUUGACUUUCCAGUCUAUUUUAGCUCUUAAUAUCAUAUGUUUGUGAGAUUAUCAGUGUGUAUUUCACUGGAGUUUGUCAGUGAUAUAUAUUCCAACUAAGUAGCUUAGAAGGCAAUGCCAAAUACAUGUAUAUUUUGAACAAGUUUUUGGUUAAUUUAUGUAUGCAAGUCAGAAAGUAUAGCAGCUUAAAAAUGCUGGCUUAAGCUUGAAAGAACAAUGAAAUUUCUCUGGUAUUGUCUUUGCUUUGUGCUAAAUUAGUUAAUAGAUUUUCAAGUUUCUUGAGCCUUCUUCCAACUAUUUCCUUUUAAAAUUUUGGUGAUGAAUGUUCAUUUUAAACAAAUAGAAUUGGAUCAAGUACGUGUAUUUUUCUUCUUGUUAGUGUAGAAAUUGGGGUCUUUUUAUAAUUACUAUUCAGACAAUGACUGUAGGUAGUUUUCAAAUUACAAUCAUAGAAGGUGGAAUCAGAGAGAUUUAUAAAAUUGAGAUGCGGAAAAUAUUCUUAUUGGUGUCUUAGUUUUGUCAGUAUUAAUAUUCAUCCCUCCGUCUUAUUAUUAUUAUUCAUUUUUUUUAUUUUUGGCCUUAGGAAUUAACUGCUGUUCCUUCAAUGUUCAGUAUUCCGUUAAUAUUUAAAUAAAAUAUUCCCAUUUUUUAUACAUUACAAAAUUUAUGCCCUUGCGUAUAAAGAUCAGUAUAUUACAAUGAUAGUUUGGUUGAGACAUAGUGAAAUGUGCCUCUAUGUUUGUUUUAAUUUUUUUUUUUAACUACAGAUACUAGCUUUAAUUUAUAUUCCACAAUAGAAGUAAGAAAUUUGGAGAAGGCUUAAAUUGUUUAUAUUGUUCUAUGGCAUGUAGUAAAAUUUUCUUUACAAUGAUGAGGUGAUGAUGUAACAGUUGUGAAUGCAAAGUGAACAACAUUUAAACUUUCUAGGAAAGUACUUAAUGCAACUACUGUUAAAAUUCUCAUUUGCCUUUUUUAAUAUAAAUAUAUAUAGAUAUGUAUUAAGAGUUUGAUCAAUGUCCAUAGAUGUGAAAUGACUGAGUACAUUUAGUGCAUGAAUAGGCUUUUGAAUUUGUUAUAUAUUUUUAUUGAUUAUUUAUCUUACUUUAUUUGUUUAAUUAUUGCAUCAUUUUGUUUAUUUUGUUGUUGAACAUUUAUUUGAUACAAUUUGAUAUUUUUUGUUCUUUAGUAAUUUUUUUUUUUACAUAUCUCAUGUUCAAUUGAGCAGCUUUUUCCAAAAUAUUGAGUGAUCCAAAAUACCAACUUUAAAUGAUGUUUUUGAGAGAUAUCCAGUGUAUGAAAUCGUUGAUUUGUAUGUUAGGAUAGGGCACUUAAUCUAUUUCACCCUCCAAAAAAUAAUACUUCUUUAUUAGCAUUGUAUUUUAAUAUCUGUUCAUCUUGCGUUUUGAAUUUUAGGUUAUGUUUUAUAUGGCAAAAAUUACAAGAAAUACAAAAUGUAUGUACAACUGUGGCAUUUUGUCAUUCCUCAAAAAGUCAGCGAUGCACAAUUAAUCAAAUGUUAAUUACGUCAUAUUUAAAGCUGUUUGGUUGUUGUUAUUUAGCAUUGCAGUUUACUGGUUGUACAAUGUACAAUGUAUUUACCUUAAUCUGUUAGUGAAAUGUAAGUAGAAAUAGCAGUGUCAGAUCCAGAUAUUUGGUUUUCUAGCAUAACUUACUAGUAUUUCAGAGAUUAGAUAGUGUAUAACCUUGAAGUAUUUAACCUUGUGAACCUCUCUAUAUAUAUACCACCUUCACCAUGACCAUUCCAGACAGAAAUCCUAUGUACCCUCCUGUCUCCUAUUUAAUUACUCUAUAUAUUCCUUUAUUUAUUUAUUAGUUUAGGUUUUGCAUGUAUUUAUUAUGAUGUAUUGUAGGAUGAUUUGAAUAAUUAUUGCUUGUUAUAUGGUUAAAAUGCAUUUAAACUCGGAUUCAGAUGUACAAGAGUUAAUUCCCUUCAUUUACCAUAUGUUAGUAGUGUUAAUUUAGAUUUUGCUCAAUACACAUUAUCUCUCAACAAAUGUCUUACUUACUAAAUACCCUUCAGAGAUAAAUAAAUAUGCAUUGAAUAAAUGCUGGUACAGACAUGUAGUAUACAGGUAUCUUUGCGGUGUAAAAUGCAAAGGGAUGUAACUCUUGUCAUUUUGAAAGUUUUCAAAUAAAUACCCUUGCUGUGAUAAAUAGAAAAAGACUGUUUUGUAGUUUUCUUAAGACAUGAUGAUUAUUAAGUGUUUUGUUUUUGGCUCAGUGUUGAAUUAUCAAAGUGUUUUUGUAGAUGCAUUGUAAUGAAUUAGGUAAAUUGUUAUUUUGUUCAAGACAAAAGUAGAAGAAAGAUACAUGUAUGUAUUCAUGUUUUCCAAGGCAAUUAAAUUGUGAUUUGUGUAUUUUAUUGUUAUUUACAGUUUUAAUAUUGAAAAUGCUAUAUAUACAGAGAUUUGUGAUGUUUAUUUUUGUUGGGCAAGGAGUUUUAAGCAGUAACCAAAUAAGAAGUUGUAACUAUGUUUUCACUUCAUAUGUGUAAAUUACAGAUGAAAUUUUUAAUCAUUUCAGUAGGUUGAAGUAGACAUUAACUCAAUAAAUUUUUCCAUAAUCUCUUUCCUUAGUAGUACAUAAACAAUGUAAGGGGAGAAUCUUGAUUGGAUAAUCAGAUACCUGUUUUACCAGGGUACAUUUUACACAGUAUAUCAGUUAUAAUCACCUGGUGAGGACAUUUAUCAACACUGUUCAAAGCAUUUUCCUCUAUUAAUUAGUUAAAAAGUUCUGAUCUAUUUUUCAUAAGAAUAAAUUAUCAGGAUUAAGCAAAAGUAGGAAUUAAAAAAGGGGAGGAAAUGGAGGCAACAAUCUGGCAUAUUACAUUUGGUAUUACAGCCAGUACCAGUUGUAUGUUAGUAAGAUGUAUCAAGUGACAUAACAACAUGAGUUAUCCCAGCAUACUCUUGCUAAAUCAAAAUCUCAUUCUCUGAACUACUUUUCAAAUACAGAAGAUAUUACCCUGGUAGUAAAAAGUAAAUAGUGAUCGACUUACAGAAGUGAUGAGAAAUUGUACUUGGCAAUAUUUGGUAUUUUCUAAAACAGAAAAUGUAAAAAAGUACUAAUAUGACUUUUAUGAAGUUUUUUUGUCAAAAUUGUACACUUGUAAUGAUGAAUUGUUUUUGUAUGAUGCUUGAGAAUCAAGUUGCUUUCUUAUUAAGAGUAAAAAUUGUUACAAACUGUCUAUAUUAAUGUUUCAAAAUAUUUUGUCCUUUGAUACAUGUUGUCUUUGUUGCUUCAAGAGUCAGUUUUAAUGUAGAGGAUAAAACCCUCAGCAUUUUGAGUCCCUCCCAUUCUUAGUAUGUUAUAGCUGUAUUGUCAAUACAUGAAUUGUAUUAUGUAAAGUUUGCAACGGAAGCUAGUAAGAAUUUUCAGAGAAUUGUUUUUAUCAAGUGAUGACUUGGUGUUAAUUACAUUUUAGUAGCAGCUGUUAUUGAUAUCUAUAAUAAAUUUUAUGACCCCUUA